UCGUUGAUAUCCAAUAACUCAAAACAGUUUAUUCAGUUCUCAGUUCAAUUCUCACUUUCCAACUCUUACCACAUUCUUCACUGUGAAAAGACAAUUUGCUUGGAAAGAUCAUGGCAUCCCUGAUUCCCCUGCAUACUAUCAUUCCCAGAAACACCACCGUUUCCAAAACUGGACUCUCAUCUGCAGGCUUAACUGGUGUGCCAUGUAGCAGGAUUCAGAAGAACAAGAAUAGAACUUUAACAGUGGUUUCUGCCGUUGGAGAUGUGUCUGCUGAUGGUAACACUUACCUCAUUGCUGGUGCUAUUGCUGUGGCUCUGGUUGGAACAGCAUUUCCUAUCCUCUUCUCUCGCAAAGACACAUGCCCUGAAUGUGAUGGAGCAGGGUUUGUUCGGAAGUCUGGGAAGACAUUGAGAGCCAAUGCAGCGCGAAAGGAUCAAACUCAGAUUGUUUGUGCUAACUGCAAUGGUUUGGGCAAACUUAACCAAAUUGACAAAUAAACAGAUUCACCUGCUUUUCUCUUCUCCUCUUGUUUUCAUUUGCAGUUAUUAAAGGUUUUGCUCCCCUCCUUGUAUUUAUUCCCUUGAGAUGAACAUCAUAAGUGUCAUGUUUGGAGGGAAAGACACAAUUUUCCUUGUUCAGAAGCUGAAACUUUGCAUUACAAGCCUAAAUUGUUUUUCUCUCUCCCAGAUCAUGAUAUCAUGGUGUUCCUACAAAGAUUCCAAUAAUUUUUUACUAUGAUCUUAAAUAUGAUCUUGAUGUUCUUUCGCCUA